UCUGGUAUGAACCAGUCAACAAAAGCUCCAUUACUGAAAUUCAAAGUCAUUUCUCAUUAGAAAAAUGAGGUUUCGAUUCAAACAGCCAUUGCUACUCUCCCGGUCAAGCCUCCUACCUCAGGCCGCUUCUUCUUCAUCGCGCGCUACCUCUCAACCUCCUCCGAUUCCUCAAAAGUGUUCUUUUGGAAUAGCAUUUGAUAUAGAUGGAGUCAUUCUCCGCGGCCGGACUCCAAUUGGAAACUCUCCCCAAGCUCUCCGGAGAUUGUUCCACGAUUCCGGCAACCUGAAGAUUCCGUUUUUGUUUUUGACAAAUGGAGGUGGCACCCCAGAGUCCAGAAGAGCAGCUGAGUUGAGUGAACUUCUUGGAGUGAAAAUAUUACCUUCUCAGGUUUUACAGGGGCACUCACCUUUUAAAAAUUUGCUGAAGCGGUUUGAGAAUGAACUCAUUGUUGCCACUGGAAAAGGUGAACCUGCUAAAGUGAUGUCUGAAUAUGGUUUCAAAAAAGUUCUCUCAGUAGAAGAGUAUGCUUCAUACUUUCAUGACAUUGAUCCUGUUGCUCAAUAUAAAAACUGGAAAACAGAGCCGGCGUCAAUUUUGCCAAAAAAUUCAUCGGAUUUGGCAAAAAGAUAUGAUGUUUUCUCUGACAAAGUUAAAGCAGCAUUUGUAGUCAGUGAUCCUGUUGAUUGGGGAAGAGAUAUACAGGUUCUGUGUGACAUUUUAACAUCGGGUGGUUGUCCUGGAGAUGAGAAUGAGCAUCAGCCAUUUCUAUUCUUCGCUGCUGACGAUCUUGAAUACCAGGCUGCAUUUCCUUCUGAGCGUCUUGGUUUGGGUGCAUUUAGAACUGCCCUAGAGAGUGUUUUUAACAGAAUUCACCAUAAACCUUUGGAAUAUACAUCAUUCGGUAAACCAAAUCCAUUUGUUUUCAAGAAUGCUGAGGCCGUAUUGAGACAUCUUCGUCAUCCCUCAUCAUGUCAAGCUGAUGUCCGCACAUCUGAAUUAAAUGCUUACAAAACACUCUAUAUGAUUGGUGACAACCCUUCGGUUGAUGUCAAAGGUGCAAGGCAGGCAGGGCAUCCUUGGUUUUCGAUUUUGACAAGGACUGGUGUUUUCCGGGAAAGAGGAAACCAUGCACAAUUCCCUGCUGAUCUGGUUGUUGAUACUGUAGAAGAUGCAGUUGAAUUCAUUUUGGAGAGGGAGUGUCCUGAGUCCUGACUUAUGAGGCCAUGAAAAAAAAAAAUCAUCUAUGGCUUCCUAAUUUUUUUUUUAUAGUUUAAUUAUUUGUAAUGCUCAAAUCUUGCACAAUAUGAAAUAUGACUACAUAUUUUACUUUCAAAGACUCAUUCUUUGACUGGAAUAUUGGUAUUACUUCCAAGGCUUUGUUUCUACA